GUUUGACACGAGACGUGUUGAAAUCAGGAACCGUCUGUUGCAGAGCUGCUUGCCUUGUUUUGGACUGAGGUCGGCACCUCGCAAGAAACAUGUCCGGCAACAUGAGGCAGGCCAUGCUGGUUAUAUCCACAGAAGAUGAAUGGUCCUCCUUGGUGUCUCUGCUGGAGGGAAGUGUUCCUGAUGAAGAGCAGCAAUUAAGUCCUGGUGGAAGUGUCUAUAACUUGGUGCUGGAUGACCGCUUGAUCAGCCUGCAUCAUGCGGAUUUAAAAGAAGACAUGACAGGGGAGAACAUCAGCAAGGUGAUGGAUGAGUGCUUCACAUCUUGCAAAGAUGGAGUAAACACGUUCCUGCUGUUGAUCCAAGGUGGACAGUACACACCAAGACAAAUGCAACUGGUGGAGAUACUGCAGGCCCACUUUGGAGUUGAGGCCCUCAAGUACCUGGUGAUCGUCUCCCUGGAAGACGGCAAAGCGGUGCACCUGUUGGACGACGUCCUCCUGGACCUGAUCAACACGUGCGACGGACGCUUCUGCAGAAUGACCUCGCCCUCCGCCAGGGAGGAGGCCGGCGUGCUGGUCAGCACGGUGGACAACAUACUGACCGAGAGCGGCUCCGCAGGCUACAGCCGAAGCGUGCUAGCCGAGGCCAAGCGGCGGGGCAACGAGGACGCGGCCAUGCGCGUGCUCAGGCAGAAGGUGCGAGAGGCCAAGGAGAAGGUGCAGGCCUUCGGGCGGGUGGUCAGCCAGAGAGAGGGGAGGCGAGCCGAGGAGGCGAAGGAUCUGAGGGAGAAGCAUGACGAGGAGAGACGUAAGGAGGCCGCCGAGAGGAGGCAGUACGAGACCAAGAAGGACAGCCUGGAGGAGGCUGUGGUCAGCCAUCGAGCCACACUGCACCUCCAGAUGAAGCCAGAGGACAACGAUGACACAAAAAAGAUGUCCGUGGUUCUGCUAGGUCUGUCAGGCAGUGGCAAGACGUCAGCUAUUAACCUCAUCUUGGAGCGAGCAAGUAACCAGUUCCCCAUAAACGGAUCCAAUGACGAGGACCCCCAGUCCACCCUGGUCUGUGAGAGGAAAGAGGUUUGCACGGCGGAGAGGAGGCUAAUCCUGGUGGACACACCUGAGCUGUGGGACGAGGACGGAGUGGAGAACCUUCAGCAGGUGAAGGACUGCCUAGCUCUGGCGCUGCCGGGACCCCACGUCUACUUGCUGGUGCUCCAGGUGGGCCGCUUUACUCAGGGCGAGAGCGUGAUUCUAACUCACCUGCAGAGGAUCCUCGGGAAAGACGCCGCCGAGCACUCCAUGGUGCUGUUCGUUCACAUGAGCCAAGGCCCGCCCAGGUCUCAGAGGAUUCACAACUACGUGGCGGGGGCCCACGCAACGCUGCAGGAGCUCAUCCGGAGGUGCGGCAGCCGCUACUACGAGCUAAGCCUGGCCAAGACCCACAAUGCUUUAAGCUACCCUCAGGUCAGAGAGCUGCUGUCAGGCAUCGACAAGCUUGUGGCGUCUCACGGAGGACGAGCACACGCGGUGAAGAGGUUCACUGCUCAGGAGCUCCAGGACAGAAAGAAAAUGAUUGAGGACAUGAAAGGCAGGACCUGGGAGUCCAACUUCCAGCUCAAAGAUGGUUAAGUGCCAUCCAUCAGUUAUAUGUUUUUUUCACUACACUAUCAUAUUAGUUUUGCUUAUAAUAUACGUUGACAGAAAAACUGAAACAUUGCAGGGGCCACUUUGAUAAUCUCUUAUUUGUGGAUUAAAGUGCAAAAGUCAAUUCAAAAUAUGUAACAUUUAAAUUGGUGCUUCAGUAAUCCAUUCCAAAAGGUCAGAUGAAUACUGAAUUGUAAUUUUUCAGUGUGAGUUCUGGGAGGAAAAUAUGGGCUGAAAAUUGCCCCCAGGCAUGGCCUUUGGACACCACUGUACUAUACUUUGGUCAUC